UGGAUUUUGAAGACUCACACAGUACUGCUAGAUUCACCGGGCGUACUGAAGGCAUGGGUUUACACUCAUCAUUGUCCUCUGUACCAUCAUACCUGAUUCUGGCAGGAGUCUCUCACAUUCAAGCCGAUGAACCACCGGACGUGUUCAGCUCUCUAGAGCACACAAUAUACACAUAUCUAAAGACGUUCCCAAUCAAGAGCUGCUGUCACAGUCGGUGAGUGAAGGCUCGGUCACUUCAAACAACGAUUUCAAAAUUGUCCCUUUACGCUGCCAUGAAAUCAUCCAGCUCAAAGAGAAUGCCAGCAGGAACCGUCAUCAUCUUCUACACCGCAGACGAGCGAAAACUUUCCACAGACCACUUCUCCUGUAUAUAUGUACCAGUAUCGUAGGGAUUCAGGCGGAACUCCCUCCAGACCUAGCCAAGCCUCUUCAGAUGCAUCCACCAUCCAAGCUCUCUCGACACAGCAGCAGGAUAGCUUCGUUUCGUCUGAGCAUAAAAAAGACAGAUUGAGAACAUCCUCCACCCAAUCACCCAGUCGAAGUGCUUCUGGCAGGACUGAAAAGUGCGAGAUUUUUCGGAAGUCUGGCAAGUUAAUUGCCGACUGUUCACGACGAAAUCUUGUUGUAGUUCCUUGGAACUUACCCCGGGAAAUCACAGAUCUAAAACUCACAGACAAUAAGCUAACCAACCUGUCGGCUGGAAAUUUUAGUCGAUACCAUCAUCUGAGGUCUCUGGACCUACGUUAUAAUAGCAUAACGCUUUUGUUCGCCAACAUGUUUAAAGGCCUGCCGGAACUAAAAUCUUUAUGUCUUAAAGGUAACAACAUAGAUGUUCGUAGCUGCCCGCACCUCUGCAGUGAUAAACCAUUCCAACAUGUUCCACACAUCGUGAGCUUAAACAUAAAACUGAGAGCACACAGUCAACCAUACACUUCCUUAGAUGGAUGUCUGGAAAAUCUUACGAAGCUAGAAAGUUUACACAUGACUAUCAAAGAUGGGUUUAUCUUAGGUCCCAGCUUCCGGAAUCUGACUAAACUGGUAAAUCUUGACUUCUCUUGGUCCACAAAGCUAAGGGUUAUAAAGGAAGACUUCUUUGCCGCUCUUCAGAGUUUGACUGUCAGAGAACUUAAUCUGGCCCAUUGUAACCUGUCUUACAUUCACCCAAAAGCCUUCGGUGUCUUACAGCAACUAAAGGUGUUGAAUUUGAAUGGGAACAUUAACUUUGGGCUUACCAGAGCUUGUCAGUCGUUAUCAGGGCUGCGUGGCUCAAAGUUACAGGAGCUAUUCAUAAGUAGUAUCGUAAACAUACAGCUUCAUGACUCGAUUAUCGUCAGUGCCAGCACAUUUAAAAACCUACAACAUAUUAACCUGACAGUGUUACAUAUAGAUUGGAACAGCAUCGUGAAGAUUGAAGAAGCAGCGCUGAAUUACCUGCCGCGAAGCUUGCGAAGAUGGACAUUACGCAAAAACAAGAUAUCCGAACCAUCCAGUUUCUUGAAACCUUUACUGCGAUUAACUGAACUGGAACAUUUAGACGCGAAAGACCAAAGCGCCUAUUUUCCGCGUAAUGGGGAUUAUUCAAACCCCGCCGUAAUGCCUAAAAACAAGUCUGUUACUAUCAGAAUUCCUCCUAAGUUGAAAUUUGUCAGAUUUUCGUUCGGUAAAUCUUUUCCGUUUCCGGCCAAAAGAGUGAAUUUUUUGAACAGCUCACUGAAAGAGCUCCAUUUAGACAAUAACAACCUGAGGAGCUUUUCAGUCUUCAUAUCAGGACUGGAAAGGGUUGAAAUUCUAAAUCUGGGUUAUAAUGGCAUGGUUCCGAUUCCAGGAGUUUUCGAUGAAUUCACAGGACUAAAACAUUUAGAGUUGUACAAUAAUUAUUUUGGAGUAACUCUAAAAAAUGAUCUUAAAGGAGAAUUCUUCAGGAAACUACGUAACCUGGAAGUAUUGGGAUUGCGCAAUAAUGGUAUCUAUAAUUUAGCUAUCAAUACUUUUCAGAAUAACUAUAAACUAAAACAAAUAAUUCUAAAGGAGAAUAAACUUUCAAAAUUUCAUUGUAGAAUUGGUCACUUGAAGAAUUUAAACCAGUUGGAUCUCAGGAAGAAUAGUUUGCCUUAUUUGGAUAGAUACACAUCCGAAGAUCUCCAAACCAUCGCCAGACAUCACAAAAUCAAGAUAUUGUUAGAAACAAACCCGUUCAUAUGUUCGUGUGAAAGCUUGACCUUCCUCAAGUGGACCAUUUCUACACCCGUUAACAUAUCACUUGUCGACAUAGAUAGGUCCACUUGCCUUUAUCACAACAGAACCACUCGGCUUUCUUUCAGGCAACGGCAGCGGAUUGUUCGGGAACUUGAAAUCUUGUGCGCCUCCUACAGUGGACUUAUCACCGUCGUUUCAUUGUUUAUUCUUGCGUCAGUUCUGAUUGUAGCUGUGGGGCUGGUCUAUCGCUAUAGAUGGAAACUUCGUUACAUCUACCACAAUCGACUGUUGACGACGUUCCUAAGGAGGCGUCCACAGGAGCGCCAUGGUUAUAUACCGCUGUCCGGAAAUGACGCGGAGGAGCGCUGGGACCUGAUGGUGGCCUACGCCGACGAGGAGCGAUGGUUUGUCACCAGCAACAUGCUACCGGUACUAGAAGGUGAACACGGGCUAAAGGUCUAUAUCCGCGAUAGAGACUCUAUCGCUGGACUGGAGAUUGCUACGAACAUCACACGGGCAGUCAAUAUGAGCACACUGACUUUGUUGAUGCUCACCAGACACUUUCUCCAAAACAAAUGGUGCAACUACGAGUUCCAGAUGUCCCGCAUGGAAGGCAUCGUCCGGCGUCAAAACGUCAUGAUAUUUGUAGUGUGCGAAGACAUCCCUACUGCGGAGAUGUCUGUUGAUGUUCUUCGUGCAAUGAAGACCGGGCAAACUAUCGACCUACCUGGUCAAACUGACAGUCAAAAGGACAUGGAGGCAUUCUGGUGCAUGCUCUUGCAACAGACACAAAGACAUUGACCAAAGCAAGCAAAAUAAAUUAACAUUGAGUGUGGAAAGGCAGUAAUAGAAUGAUUUCGAGAUCACAGAUUAAGUUAAUGUACUAAAGUUUUUGAAAGUUGACUGAUCUUAAUGACAACAAUUAAUAAGUGUUGAGUAGAACCAGGGAGAUUUUAUUUUUUGUUUUGUUGCGGAACUUGUUUUAAUGCAUCAGAUCUUUAUAUCUCGAUUUUGAUUAUAAAUAUGACAAUAAUUUAUAACAAAACAAGAAAUAUUUCAGUCAUAGCAUGUCAAAUGCUAUACUGAGCAUAAGUACUGUGUUUUUGUUAAAAUUUCCCCGAUAUUGACCAUCGCCUGUUGUAUAUAUGAGUGACAAAAUUGCACCUUAAAGU